AUGCUUUGUCUAAAUAAUAGUGACAAUCUGUAUGAAUCCUUAUAAGUAAAAAUAAUUGCAAAAUUUAGAAAUUUUGCUGCUUUCAGUUUUAAUAAUUAGUCUAGCUCUAUAAUUUUUGAAUAUUAUAAAUCUGCUUUAGAAUUAGCUUUAAGGUCUAAAAAUAAACUUCAUUAACAAGAAUAAGCCAAUUGUGGAAAAUUUUAUAGCAAUUAUUCUGCUAUACAAUAAGGAAUCCUCUCAUUUAAUGAAAAGGAAAAAAUUAUAAACAAUUGA